AUGGCACCCUCAAACUCAACCGUCCGCCAUGCGCGACGCGAAGAUAUCCCCAUCAUCCUCUCCCUGAUCAAGGAGCUGGCGGAAUACGAGAAGGAACUUGACAGCGUCCAGGCCACCGAGGAGUCACUGGGAAACACCAUCGCCUUCGCCCCGGACGACCAGACCGCCUACACGGCGGGCAAGCCCGUGACUGAGCCCACAUCCCCCAGCAGACCCGCGAGGUGUCUCAUCCUGUUCAACGAGGCGGGCGAGGGUGUCGGCAUGGCCCUGUACUUUUACAACUACAGCACAUGGCGCGCCAAGCCCGGUGUCUACCUAGAGGAUCUCUACGUACGCCAGACGGAGCGCAAGAAGGGCUAUGGCAAGCGCCUACUGGUUGAGCUGGCCAAGGAGGUCGUCGCCAUGGAUGGAGGCCGACUUGAGUGGGUGGUGCUCAAGUGGAACGAGCCGAGUAUCAAGUUUUACGAGUCCAUCGGCGCCAAGGCCAUGGACGAGUGGGUUGGCAUGCGUGUCGAUGGUGACGCUCUGCCGAAGCUGGCUGGCUUGCUAGACUAG